AUGUCUCCCGAGCACGGCCGCAUCCCGGAUCCGAAAGAGGUGAAGAACUGGAAAGUCCACAUCUACUGCCUGGCAGUGUGCUUCGGCGCCGUCGCCCUCGGCUACGAUGUCUCCGUCAUGGGCGGCACGCUGAUCCUUCCCUCCUUCGAGCGCGACUUCGGCCUCGCAAACCUCUCCGAAGACGAGCUGAACGACCUGACCUCAAACAUCCUGUCCGCCUUUCAAGCCGGCAUGUUCUUCGGCGCGCUCGGCUCGUACUGGUUCGCGGAGCGCUUCGGGCGCAAGCGCUCGCUGUGCGGCUUCAUCUGCGUCUUCAUGGUCGGCGCGGCCUUUAUGACCGGGUCGAGCGGGCGGCUGGCGCUGCUGAUCACCGGGCGGGCUGUUGCUGGUGUUGGGAUCGGGGCGACGGCGCCGGUGAUUCCUAUAUACAUCGCGGAGGUGGCGCCGCCGUCGAUUCGCGGCAGGCUGAUUGGGUUCUACGAGAUCGGGUCGCAGGGCGCGCAGAUGUUGGGGUUUUGGGUCAAUUAUGUUGUUAAUCGGACGAUGAGUCCGGAGGGCAUGUCCCAAUGGCAACUCCCCAUCGGCCUGCAAAUGCUCCCGGGCUUCCUGAUGCUCGUCGUCACGCCCUUCUGCCCGGAGACGCCGCGGUGGCUGUGCAAGAAAGACCGCCUGGAAGAGGCAGAGCGCACGCUGUGCGCUAUCCGCGGCUUGCCGGCCGACGACCCGUACGUGGUGCACGAGAUGCGCGAGAUGGCGGCCGAAGUGGCGUUCGAGUCGGCCAUGGCGGGGCAGAAUCCGACGCUGAAGUCGCAGCUGAAGCAGCUGAUCAAGAAGGGGAUAAGGAAUAGGGUUGCGAUUGGGUUGUGUUUGAUGAUGUGCCAGAACAUGACGGGCGUGAACAUAAUCACGUACUACUCCCCGCGUAUCUUCGCGACCCUCGGCAUUCAGAGCACCGACCUCAAGCUCUUCGCGACGGGCUUCUACGGCGUCGCCAAGACGGUCGGCAUGAUCAUCUUUUCCUUCUGGGUCGCCGACCACCUGGGGCGGAGGAAGGGUCUCAUCUACGGCGCCUUCAUCGGCGCGGUGCCAAUGUUCUACAUCGGCGGCUACGUCAUGAAAGCGGACCCGGUCAACAACGACGGCAGCGUCACGUCAUCGGGCUGGGGCUACCUCGCCAUGGUCUGCGUGUACCUGUACGGCGUCAUCUACUGCGCGUCGUGGCAGGGCAUCACCUGGCUGUACGCGAGCGAGAUCUAUCCGCUGCACAUCCGCUCGCUCUGCAUGGCCAUCACCAUCGCCGACGAGCGACUCUGGUCGUACGUCGUCAGCCGGUCGACGCCGUACAUGAUCAGCGACCUCGGGUACGGGACGUACUUCUUCUUCGGGUCGCUGAUGGUGCUGAUGGGCUUCUGGGCCAUGUGGUGCAUUCGGGAGACAAAGGGCAUGCCGAUCGAGGAGAUGGAUCAGCUGUUCGGCGCGCCGCACGCACAGGAGCUGGAUGAGGAGAAGCAGAAGGAUGUGGAGUUUCGCGUGGAGAAUCUUGAGGAUGUGAAGGGGGUGAGGCGGUGA